CGCGACGCAGUAUUUUACAAUUACGCGUAUGCUUUUGCCAUGACAGGUUAACUAGAUAACUCCCACUUAGAAUGCUACAUUACACGUUACAAUUAAUGGCAUUUUGGCAGUGUAACCCACUGGAGAUGUACCAGAUAUAAACAACAAACAAGAGAAGAAGCAGUCACAUAUGAUUUAGGCAAAUAAAGCAUAUCAACAGCUGUGUAUCUGUUUAAAGCAGCAAACAUAACGCAAGAAAUGUCUGAGAUAGAACACAGACAACGAGUGGGCAUACUGGGAACAGGGUAUUUUGGAAGAGCUCUUGCUAAGCGCCUAUUCUUCUCCGGAUAUGACGUCAUACUCGGUAGUAGAGAGCCGGACAGAAGAGAGAUUUCGCCAAAUCAAGACGUUCUUUAUGAUAUAAAGAUUGUGUCAGUGCAGGAAUGCAUCAAGAGUGCGCCCAUCCUAUUUUUAGCAGUCCAUUUCGAACAUGUAGAAAAGUUACUAAAGGAACACGUUCAACUGCUUUCAGAAAAGAUUCUAAUAGACGUUUCCAACAGAAAAAUUCCAAGUAAGCUAACGUCGCACGCUGAGGAAAUCGAGAAAUUGUUUCCAAAGAGUAGAGUUGUGAAGGCAUUUAAUGUAAUAUCAGCCUACGCAAUGGAAAAUGACUACGACACAAGCAGCAAACAGGUUUUCAUCGCUGGAAACAACAGAGAAGCUCGGGAGAUAGUCGUCGAUAUUACAAAGAAUAUGAACUUUCGACCAGUUGACUUUGGCGUUCUGAUUUCCUCUCGGAGAAUUGAAAAACAUCCGCUAAGGCUAUUUCCGGAAUGGCGGUUUCCCAUUAUAUUUGCAGUGGGUGUGUUUAAUGGAUGGCUGCUGUUCCUGAUCUAUAUCUACUACAUGUUUGAAUCCUUUUACAACUGGGAACAGUUGUCUAUAAAAGUGAUGAACAAAGCAGUUUGCAUGACAUCAAUAACAACGCUGUCAGCGACGUAUUUGGCCAGCAGCUUUGCUACGAUUUUCCAACUCUACUUCGGAACAAAACAUCAACGUUUCCCACGAUGGCUGGAUACAUGGCUGAAGACACGAAAGCAGCUCGGUCUUGUAUCCUACCUGCUUGUUACCGUACACGUCAUCAUGUCACUGCUAACCAUGUCGCCGACGUAUUAUCCUCCUUGGUACCACAGCACCCGUGUCAGGAUUCCCGCGAAUCUCAACUCCACGUUUGAGUUCCAACGAAUCACAUGGAUGAACUGGAAAGGGGAGGCCACCAGCCUGGUAGGCAUCUGUGCCUAUGUUGUUCUCAGCCUCGUCUGCGUCACCACGUUCCCCUCCGUCACAGACAAGCUGAACUGGCGGGAGUGGAGGUUCGCGCAGUCCAAGAUGGGACAUGCAGCAUUGUUUCUUUCUGUUGCCCACGUACUGGUUAUGGCGAUACCAGUUUGGAUGAAACAUCCCGAUGUUGUGUACAAGUCGAUUUUUUUCGUAUGUUCACUUCUGCCAUGGGCAACGUUAGUUCUGAAAUUUGUUUUUAUGUUACCUUGCAUCAAUCGAUACGUGAUGAAGAUUCGGAAAGGUUGGAUCAAAGGAGAAGAAUGUGAGCGCCACAAGAUGAAUCGGGGAUACACAGCAGUUGAUAUAAAUAAUGGAACGCCUACGCAGAGUCAGGACGUUAGUUCCAUACCAGAAAAUGUCAUGAUGUUGAGGAAGAUAUAAUGCUUAUACAGCUUUUGCCAACAUACUAACGUUGCUAAUUAUGGCUUUCCAAAACAAAAACAAAGACAAUGUGUAUUCUUAUGUAAAUAUGUGAACACAUGAAACAUGACAUUUCAUGCAAACAUUAUGAUAUUUGUCAUGCAUAAAUAUGUAUGAAGUGAUGUUUAACCUAUUGAUGAUGAUGGUGAAAUGGGCAUUCGUUUGAUAAUAUGCAGUUCAGUUGGAAAUGUCUUUAUGAUCGCAAUUCUCUUAAUUUACACAUUCAUGUGCACUGUAAUACUAGUUUUACCUUUGUGUAACAAAUACAGCUUUCUCCACGUUAUUUUAUCGGUAUAAAAUUUACAUCGACACCGGUGGCAUCAAAUGAAAUGAACAUUUCGUGAUCGAUGUUUUCUUUGCAAGGUUAUCGUAGGCGUUCAUCGAUAAAGAAUUCGUCAAAAAUCCUCGUCAGCAAUGCCAGAUUGUUUUCGCGUAUGUUUUGGUCAGCAUUUUGUUUUAGAAUACAUGUGUAUGUUCGUUCACUCAUUCCCGUAUGUAUUGGUUCACUAUAUUACAUGUUUAAUGUUUAAACCACAUGCGUACUGGGUUUUUUUCUCUGUUUCAUUUACCUCUAGGAGAUUUAUUUUCCUUAGCAAUAUCAAUUUAAUUAAAGUCCACGCCUAUAAAUAAUGGUUCAAAAAUAUGUGUAUAUAAGUUGGCUCUGUUUACCAAGUCAAUGUUUACUGUGUUGAUCGCUAAAGAAGUGUAAGAUAUUGUACUAUGUAUACAUAUUACUCUUUAUGCUUUGUGUUAACAAUUGUAAACUUGUGUCUUAUUAUUUGUUCAGCUCUUCGUGUAUUUGUGGGAAAUAAAGUUAUAUAUAUCAAU